ACACCAGUGUUCCUAGUCGUUCCUACAUUAAAUGGCGCCACUUAAUGUACGUAGAUCUACAUCUAGUAGGCCUAGUCUUUUCAAAAUGGAUUCGAAUCUAGAAAGAUGAAUAAUGAGCUUUAGAUGUCAUGAGAAUGCAUUUCUGCAGUGAAGAGUGCUUAAAAAACGCUUGCGGUCGCCCCGGACCCUAGCUGCCAAAAGAAGGGCUUGAUGUACAGUGUUUCUUUACCUUAAGGAAUUGUUUUUAUACUGUAAUCUGUAAAAUUCACUUGUCUUCAUUGUCAGUGAUAAGUUUCAAUAUUUGACUUUUUAUUGUUCCCUUCGUACAGUUGCCUCUAAUUUAGAAUCAAUUUAAACACAUAAAAUCAUUGCGCAUCGUGUUUUACGUGACCGGAAAUUUCUGCUAGGGAAAACAAUUGUUCAAUGUGACUUGACUGUUUAUGAAAGAGCUAGUAUAAUUCCAUGGUUGGAUCUAUGCGCGUGCUGCCAAAGAAAGAUAUCCUAGUAGUGUGUAGUCUUCUCAACUCACGAACGUUAUGUGACCAUACCAAGCCAACACCACAGCUAGAUCGAAGAUGGCCUCCACUUUAGUGCAAUGGAUUUACUAUUUGGAUGAUCCGCAUCUUGUGGCUAAGUUUCAACGUGCUUGUGGUAUCAGAAGCUCCGCUAGCUUCGAUGCUCGCAGCGGUACCCAUAGCAACCACGGUGUUGACAACAAUGCGCCCAACGGAAGUGAUAUAUCCUCGAAGUCAAAUGGGCUGGUCGAAAGUUCGAUGGUGAAUGGCUCGGAUAACACAUUGAAGCGCAGAGAUCACGCUCAUGACAACAGUACUGAGAACAAUAAUAACGCUGGCGACACGUCGGGGGCGACCAAAAAGGCGGAACUGCAAUACUCCAUUGACAACAAGUGCCUCUACUGGCUCUUCACGUUCGGGGCAGGUCUGGGCAACUCCACGUUCUACACCUUGUUCUUCUCCGUGUGUGUCUGGAGCUUCGACAGCUUCGUCCUGAGAAAGACACUUCUCAUGUGGAUAGUCAUCAUGUACGUGGGCCAGGUGGCCAAGGAUAUCAUCAAGUGGCCCAGGCCGAGGUCACCUCCCGCUAUCAGGCUGGAGGAGAGGUACGGGCUGGAGUAUGGAAUGCCCUCGACCCAUGCCAUGGUGGGCUUCGUGCUGCCUUUCGGAAUGCUGUUUUACAUGUGCGGACGCUAUGAGUUCAGUUUGUUGUUUGGCCUGCUGAUUGCGGUAUCUUGGUGUCUGUUGGUCUGUUCUAGUCGCAUCUAUCUUGGUAUGCACAGCGCAUUGGAUGUCAUUGCAGGUGUUUUGUUUGCUGCUGUCUUGAUGUCGGUCACUGCGCCCUUUGUGGACCCGGUAGACAGGUUCCUCAUCUCCCACCCCCUGUCCACUCCUGUACUCGUGCUGACCUGUGUGGCUCUGGGUCUGAUGUACCCACGAGUGGAGAAGUGGAGCACCACCAGGGCGGACACAAUGUUGUCUCUGGGCGUUUUCUCAGGGAUCUACCAAGGUCUCUGGCUGAUUAGGAAAAUGUCCGACUCCAGACCUGCUCCUGAAACUCUGCCCCUUUCGUUAAGUGUUCCAUCACACGUGGACAUUGGGCUGUUGCUGCUGCGGCAGCUGAUCGGGGUGCCAUUCAUCAGUCUCUUUGCGGUGGUGACCAAGUUAAUUGUUCUGCAUUUAUUUUCUUGGUGCUUGCGCUGUAAUCCCAACGACCGGGAGACAAAGCGUCGCUUGGAGAUCCCUUACCGAUAUGGAGGCUUCUUUGUUGCCGCAUCAGUCGGACUUUAUUUACCACAGAUCAUUUUCUCAGCGCUUAAUCUGGACAGAGUAGCUUUGUUAUCCGAAACAUUUAGCUAAUCUCAAGGAGAACAUUAUUUAUGUUUUUUUUUUACUGUGAUAAAAAUGAAUUCCAGCUGACAAGUUGAAAAUUAAAUAGACUACAUUUCUUAAUCCAGAUGCCAAAACAUUGUAUUGAUCUAGUAAUGCAUAAAAAAAACCUCCAGCUUUCUUAGUUGUUUUUUUUUUGUUGUUUUUGUUAUUGUUGUCUCAUAUCUCUGAUAUGUUGAAAAGACACAUGGAUUGUGUGUUUUAAUUUUCAAAGACGGAAAGGAUCGCAGUUUGAUUCAAAUCAGUAUUUUAUCGACAUGUUUAUAAUUUGGAGAUAAGAAUAUAUAUAACUUUAAAAAUUAAUUAAUUAAAUUAAUUAAUUUUUUUAAUUAUCAAAGGACUAUUCAUAUGGACUCCUAUUGUCAAUACAGUUUAAUGUUAGCCACAAGGGACAGUGUGCAAGUAUUAAUCGGUAUACAGUUACCUCAGGACAUGUCCUCUUCAUGGAAUACAAAGGAUGGCUAUUUAAAAAAAAAAUGUUUUUAUUUGUGGAGGACUCAUUAAAAUUUCAUUGUGGAUGUGAAAUGUGAUAAACUUUAUGUCUUAACAAAAAGAAAUACAUAAUAUUUUAAAAUAUCUAGUUUCAUAUUCUUAAAAAAAAGUUUUACUAAUGUGGGAAAAAUAUUAUUUGUUCGGUAAAGGCUUUAUUGGCAUCAUUAAAUAUUGACAACUUUUGAAGGAGAAUAGAGCUGUCUUUUCCGGAGCGGCAAAGACCGAUGACGUAGCAACAUUAUUCAGUUCAAUCAAAAUCAUUUGUCAAUUGCUAGGUUAAAGCUAUCAUUGAUUUCAAAUCUAUUCUUGGGUCUGCAUUUCAAAGCUUUUUUCUUUCAUUAGUUUUAGUUUUGUUUAUUUUAGUCCAUUUUAUUGACAAUAUGUCCUCUGUUGUCUUUCAAACGUAGUAAAGGAAUAACUAAAGAUGUUUUAUUGUUACAAAGCUUAUAUCAACUCGCUCUGUCUGUCCAGUAACAAGUUGGAACACGUUAUUUCUAUCACAUUCCUUCACCCUUCAAGUUGAAACUUUACACAAUUAUUAACCGGCGAAGACAAUGCACGAAUCAAUACGAAAAUUAACCCAUUAGUCUAUUAAUUACUAAUAAUUUAUUAUUUUGUUUGAUACCAACAAGCGAAAUUUAUUUUUCAGUAUUCAGAGCUAUGACUAAAUAUUUGGGGGUUUGUCCCCUUAGAUAACUAUACACAUUGUUUCUCCUACACCAAUGCUCGAGUCAAGUUAAAUCUUUAAGCAACAAUUUAUUGUAUCUAACAAAACAUGAAUCAAUUGAAAAUUAACCAAUUAGUCAAUUAGUUAUUUAGCAAUUAAUGAUCUCGAAAAAAGGGAAAUAACUUGUAUAUAUUUAGAUAUAUAGCUGUAAAUAUGUAGUUUUUCUCAGAUAAACAUUUUUUUUAAAUUAUUUUUAUAUUUUGCUUGUUUUAUUCUGCUUUUGUCAUCAUUGUUGAUUACAUCAGUCACUGUUAUUGAAUAUAAAAAUACUUGUUGAAAUAAUAA